CGCCUCGGGGUCCUCCCGGUACAUCGAGCAGCUCCUGCCCCAGCACGAUGACUUCUCCCAGCGGCAUAUCGGGCCCCGGGACAAAGAAAAGCGGGAAAUGCUGCAAACUAUGGGUCUGGCGAGUAUCGAUGAGCUGAUCGAUAAAACCGUUCCUGCCAGCAUCCGCCUGGGAAGGCCCCUGAAGAUGGAUGACCACAUUUGUGAAAAUGAAAUCCUUGAAACUCUACACAAUAUUGCAAACAAAAACAAAAUCUGGAGGUCCUACAUUGGCAUGGGUUAUUACAACUGCUCAGUACCUCACGCCAUCGUGCGGAACUUGUUGGAGAAUGCAGGAUGGGUUACCCAGUAUACCCCUUACCAACCUGAGGUUUCCCAGGGUAGACUGGAGAGCCUGUUAAAUUACCAGACUAUGGUGUGUGACAUCACAGGAAUGGAUGUGGCCAAUGCGUCUUUACUGGAUGAGGGGACUGCUGCAGCAGAGGCUAUGCAACUAUGUCACAGGCACAACAAGAGGAGAAAGUUCUAUGUUGAUGUCCGAUGCCACCCUCAAACGAUAGCAGUAGUCCAAACUAGAGCAAAUUACAGUUGUGUUGUCAUUGAGCUGAAAUUGCCCCAUGAGAUGGAUUUCAGUGGUAAAGAUGUCAGUGGAGUGCUAUUUCAGUACCCAGAUACCGAGGGGAAGGUGGAAGACUUCACUGAACUCGUUGAAAGAGCCCACCAAAAUGGGAGUCUCGUCUGCUGUGCUACUGACCUCUUGGCUCUGUGUAUUUUGAGGCCUCCAGGAGAGUUUGGGGUGGAUGUUGCUCUGGGUAGCUCCCAGAGGUUUGGGGUACCACUCUGUUAUGGGGGACCACAUGCUGCCUUCUUUGCUGUCAAAGAAAACCUGGUGAGAAUGAUGCCUGGGAGAAUGGUUGGAGUUACAAGAGAUGCAAAUGGAAAGGAAGUAUAUCGUCUUGCAUUGCAAACUCGAGAGCAGCAUAUUAGAAGGGACAAGGCGACCAGCAACAUCUGUACAGCACAGGCUCUUCUGGCUAACAUGGCUGCCAUGUAUGGAGUCUAUCAUGGUUCGAAUGGAUUAAAGCACAUUGCAAGAAGGGUGCACAAUGCCACUCUAAUCUUAGCUGAAGGUCUUAAGCGAGCAGGUCACACAUUGCAGCAUGACCUGUUCUUUGAUACCUUGAAGAUCCAGCGUGGAUGUGCAGUCAAGGAGGUCUUUGACAGGGCAGGUCAGCGGCAGAUAAACUUUCGAAUUUAUAGUGAUGGCACAAUUGGCGUGUCACUUGAUGAAACUGUAACUGAGAGAGACCUGGAUGACUUAUUGUGGAUUUUUGGGUGUGAAUCUUCAUCUGAAUUGGUUGCUGAGAAUAUGGGAGAAGAAACAAGGGGCAUUCUGAGUACUGCAUUUAAGAGGACUUCCAAAUUCUUGACACAUCAGGUAUUCAACAGCUAUCACUCUGAAACAAAUAUUGUCCGGUACAUGAAAAGAUUAGAAAACAAAGAUAUUUCCCUUGUUCACAGCAUGAUUCCUUUGGGAUCCUGCACAAUGAAGCUUAAUAGUUCAUCUGAACUUACACCUAUCACAUGGAAAGAAUUUGCUAAUAUCCAUCCCUUUGUGCCUCUAGACCAGGCUCAAGGGUACCAGCAACUUUUCAGGGAGCUCGAGAGGGAUCUGUGUGAGAUCACAGGCUAUGACAGAAUCUCCUUCCAACCAAACAGCUGGGCCCACCCAGGCACUGUGUUGCUCUGCCUUCCUGAGAGGGUGAAAAGCUGUUGGAAAUGGGGUGAGGUCAGGCAGGCUCCUGAAGAGAGCCCUGGUGAAGGAGCCAGCCCCAUGGCAGCAUCAAGGAGAAGCAUUAUCCACUCAAUGGGGCCCAGGGUGAAUAUGCUGGAUUGACUGCAAUCAAGGCUUACUUAAAUGCAAAAGGAGAACGUCAUAGAAAU